GUUCAGUGCUAUAUUUAUCAUUUUCUUGAUGAUAGGCAUCUUGCAUUGUGACUAGUCCAGGAGACACCAGGUGCCUUUCAAUGCACGUUCCACCUCCACACAAAAACAGCAAUGGACUGAUCAGACUAGUACAUACUCUGGCCAUCAGGUCUGGCGGAAUAUCCUUCGAUCGCAGAGGGCCAUUCCAUCCAAGACAUGACGCGCUAGUUUCAUCGGUAUCCUCCUACGCGUGUGCCGUGACGCACGCCACUGACAUGUGACUGGCACCAACUGAUCCCGUUCCUCCCAGCUUAUCCUUGAAGCACACCGACCAUGAUGAGCACCGACCUCGGCCUCCGCGAAAUAGACGCUUGCUUAUUCGACGUAUUCGGUACUGUCCUUGACUGGCACAGCACAGUUACCCGCCAAGUCGCCCGCCUCAGCAAAGGACUGCUUCUCGAAGGCUCACAGGACGCAGUCGAUUUUGCAGAAGAAUGGAGAGCCGGAUAUUAUGCUCAUGUCAAAAGAGUGUCCCAGGGCGGGGAGGGUACUUUCAACGCAGACAUCAUGCAUCGACAAAUACUGGACGAUAUGCUCACCACCCCACGCUGGUCUCAUAUUGCAGAAGUCUGGGGCGAAUCCGAUCGUGAAGAUCUCACCAUGAUUUGGCACAACUUGGAUGCGUAUCAGGACACCAUACCCGGCCUGACAGAACUUAAACGCCACGUCAACAUCCUCGCUCUAUCUAACGGAAACUUUAGAUUACUUCUCGAUCUAGCAAAGAACCAAGGUGUUCCCUGGGACGGUAUCUUUUCGUCCGAACUGUUCGGAUCCUAUAAACCUAACCAAAAGGUCUAUCAAUCUGCAGCAUACCACCUUUCUUUACCUCCUCACAAGAUAGCAAUGGUCGCCGCACACAGGUUCGACCUCAUCGCUGCCUCCAGCGUAGGCUUCAAGACGAUAUACGUACCACGCCCUGCUGAGGAUUCGCGCGAGGUAAGGGAGAGCAUGUGUAGCAAGAAGGACGGUGGUGAGGUGGAUCUUGUCGUUAAAGAUUUUGAGGAGCUGGCGGGGUUGAUACGUGAAGCUCGACGAAGUUGAAGCUCGCGGUUGGUACAUGCUUUGUAACGAGCGAAGUGGGGUAACUGAAUCGAUGAUGAUUUUUGGGGUAGCGAUGCGAACGAACAGAUCAUAUUAUAUUGCGCAAAUGCAAUCCGUAGUCGUCGAGAGGAACUCUAUGCGUGAGCUCUCUUCGAGAGUCCUAGACCAAAUAUAAGCAGGUUCAAUAUCCUGACGAAGGCGUUCCUCCAAAGCGAGUCACUUUCACGGAAUUAUCACUGACAUUUGAAUUCGGAUACAAAGAAUCCUUUCUUCGGUUGAUCUAGCUAGGGAAACCAUCCCAACUCAACAAAU